UAACACCGCUUGCUCGCUCGUCCCCUCGUGCUUCCGGCUGGUAAAAAAAAAAGCCGAAUAACAAAUUACGACUUUUAAACCAUCCAGCUGUUUAGUAUUAAACACAAAAUUUUAAUAACGCAAACGUAUGUUGACUUAAGUAGUCUAACUGGCUGCGUCACACCCGUCAGCCAUUCCUCUAACACUUAACACCGAAAGUGUGGAUACUCAAACGAGGUGACAGGUUGUCUACCUCGUUAGAUACUUAGAGAAGAAGUCUUUUUGUUAAAAAGACAUAAGAACAAUACCCUUGCACCCAGUCCAAGAGGACACAUGAAUGUAAAUGACUUGGUGGCGCUUCCCUCCAAUAAAUCCAAAUCAUUACAGUUCUACUCGAGGAACCCACAGGGCCUGCAUAUGGAUACAGUGACUCUGGCCCAGCAGGGCAACGCAAUGGAAGAAAUGUUGCAAAAGCUUAAAGAGAGCAUGAAAAAAGAGAAAGGCGAAAGGGGGCAUACAGGACUUUUUCAGUGGAAGUUAGGACAACAUGGGUCAUUAAACAGAAGUUCUCCAACUGCUAACGCCAAGAAAACACAAAAGCAGCUGUCAGCAGGCAAGGUGAAGAUUCGAGUGCUGAAGGAUGAACCUUUAACAGUUCCACCUCAUCUACCGUUGUGUGAAACCUGCUGUUGUCCUCAACCAACAAGACAAAAGAAGAUAAGCGGAUCAACCUUAGGACAGGGUGAUGCCACAGGUGAUGGACAGAUAUUUGUUGGAGGUUAUGGACAGGACAAAAGGGUGGAAAUGACUAAGAAAGAACCCGAUAUGAAUGUGAAAAAAGCUUUUCAAGAUUGUCUUCUUGGUGGAGAGUAUGAUGAGGAGUCGUCCGCAAGAUCUUUCCAGGAUGCUCUCAAACAGUGGAGAAAAGAGAGAUCUAUUAGUGCUGGAGAACAAGUAACUACGUGGACACAAACAGUAUCAAUGCCUGGCGUAGCAGUCCAGGCUGACUUUCCUCUAGAGAGAGGCCAUGAAGGACAAAGGGAAAGCUGGGGAAAUGACAAGGUACCCAUCAAGGUGGAGUUCCCGGGAAGCAGACUCACCUACAUGGACAGGUUGCUUCUCAAGAAGCAUCGCAGUUCUCCUGAUGUGCUUUGACAAAGGCUAAGCCCAAAAGAAGUAUCCAAUAUAGCCUCGAGUCAUUAAAAAAAAACAACAAUUAUAAAACAGUGACUUCCAAUUAUGUGCUACUGUAAACAGGUCUACUGGAGCUGAGGGCGAUAAAGUGUAAUGAUUGACAUGUAGACCGGCCAAUGACUGCAUGAACAGAGAUGAGAGAUGCCAGCCACUGACAGUAUAGUCUCUAUAUAGUAUAAACCUUGACCUUGACUUAAUUUAGUAUCAGGGUUAGUGUGAUUUAUGUUAUUAUAACAGCAAAUAUUUUUGUCUGACUUAAUUUGAACAUUUACUGUAUGUAAAUGCAGGAUUAUGUUGCAAUUAUAAAUAAAACUUGAGUCGUUGAA